CAAGGCAGAAGAAGAAGAAGGACCUCUGGGUUGAGCUCGUGGCAGGUUUCGUGCAGAUUUCACUCUUGGAAGGGCUGCGCCUGUCCACCUGUACGAUGGACGACCUUUUCUUUGUCCUGUGGUGUCCUCCAUAAUCAAAAUUACUCCACACAAGAAGGAGGAGGCCCUGCGGGGUGAGCCAAGCACUGCCCGAUGGCGUGUCCACUGAAGCCCACCCGGUCCUUCUGCACACUCGGCGACUUCUCGUCCAAGCUUCUGUACUGGACACUGGAGAACACUAGCGGCAAUGUGUGCAUAUCGCCCUUUGGCGUUACCAUCGCCCUCACCAUGGCGAUGGCCGGUGCUGGUGAAAAGACCACUGCACAGGUAGUGUCAGUUCUAAGCGCCCUCGACGACAAUGCACUGUACUCUUCAUGUGAGGCAGUUUCUUCGUUGCUCAACUCUGCAGAGGCCGACACAAAGGUGUACCUCGGCAGCAAAAUCUUCCUGUCCAAUAGCAUCCGUCUGAAUUCUGACUUCAACCAGACGAUGGCCGAGAUGUUCUCCAAUCAAGUUGGCAUACUUGAUUUUCGCCAGUACCCGCUCGAUGCUCUAUUGGAGAUCAAUGAUUGGGCCAAAAAGGAGACAGAUGGAAAGCUGUGCGAGCUUGUGAAGCGGGGAGAUAUGGACGAGAAGAGUCGCUUAAUACUCGCCAGUGUCAUCUACUUCUGUGGCCGCUGGAGUGAAGGGUUCACUCGGACGGAGAGAGGCCUGUUCCGUGUCACGGAGAAAGACACGGUUCACGUGGAAAUGAUGGAAUCAUGUCGCCAGGCCAACUACUACCACAGCACCAGCCCUGGAUUUCAAGCUCUGGAGCUUCCCUACAUCUGUAGGGAGCUCAACCUACUCAUUUUGUUGCCGGAUCAAGGGAUGAAACUGGAAAAUCUUGCAGCCUGCAUAAGCAGAGAGCGGCUCGGCAAGCUGAUUGGUAACCUUGUCCCCACAGCCGGUGUCAAGAUAAGCCUUCCGAAGCUGCGCCUACACAAAUCGUACCAGCUGGCCGGCGCCCUUCGCAGCAUGGGCAUGGAGCGCCUUUUUGAUCCCGACCUGGCAGACAUGAGCAAAAUGUCCGACUCCGCUGGUCUGUGCGUGGACAAAGUCCUCCAUGAAGCUAUCUUCGAGCUUUCCGAAGACGGUCGCCCCCCAGUGACGGCGACGACUCAGCACGAGGGACCCGUGUUCCGCGUCGACCGACCUUUCUUGUUUGUGUUGCUGCAACACUGCCACCAUGCUGUCGUUUUUAUCGGGGCUGUUAGGAAGCCUUCAUAACGGCACAAAAUACGGAAUAAACAGGAUAAACAGUG